GCCUCGAUCGCAGCGGCGUGCUAUUGUUUAGCAAUGGCCGCCGGCGCUGUGGUGUGAGUGGAGUUCGCGAGUCGAAAUUGAUCCCGAGUCGCCUCAAUGCAGCGGAUUGCAUAAAGGCGCCCGAUUAGGCAAGGAACUAUUCGACGGCAGCGACUCGCCGGCUAAGCAAGACGCCGCUGCAUUGUUAUCCUGCCAGGUCUGGUGUUCCAGUGGACAGGCAUGGCUCGGGAACCCGUCAUUCUCAAUGUCUAUGACAUGUACUGGAUCAACGAAUACACGGCUCCUAUUGGCCUCGGGGUAUUCCACACGGGUGUAGAAAUUUACGGAACUGAGUAUGCAUACGGGGGCCACCCGUUCCCGUUCUCAGGAAUCUUCGAAAUCCCGCCAAAAUUUGCAAAUGACCUCGGAGACCAGUUCAAGUACAAGCAGAGCAUUCGGGUUGGCCACACGGACUUCAACCAGGUAGACGUGCGCAAGAUUGUCGAGGAGCUGGGAAACGAGUACCGCGGGGACCGCUACCACCUGAUGAACAAAAACUGCAACCACUUCUCGGGCGCCCUGACCAAGAUCUUGUGCGGUGAAGAGAUCCCGGCCUGGGUGAACCGACUGGCCUACUUCAGUUCCUGCGUGCCUUUCCUCCAGCGCUGCCUGCCCCGAGAGUGGCUGACGCCCAUCGCACUGCAGGCCAGCAUCCAGGAGGGCAGCACCUCCAGAGUCCACAGUCCCUCGUCCACCCACGCUCCAUCACCGCCGCCUCCACCAAAUCCCCCACGGUCGUCGCAGAGGCGCGUGCCCCGGAUCUGACACGUGGCCCCCGACUCUAGGAAAACGGCACAGCCCACACCUUCUCUCUGUCGUUCAGCCCCAUUGUUGCAUCUCGGGAACUACUGCCGUUGGGAGGUGGCUUAGGUGUGGCUGUCAACCUUGCCGUGAAAUCAAAUGCUAAAAAAAAAGGAAACCCGGUUUUCAAAGCCCAAGAUAUGUUCAUUCGUUGUGACUGACAACACUUAGCGCCAGCCACCUGGCGCCCUCCGGUGCUACACACCUGUUGUGCCAUUCAUCUGUCGUGAAAAUGAAUCGCUGUGUGACUCUCCCAAAAGCCCCGCAUUGAUCGUGUGUGCACGUGUGUUACUGAGCCUGCCAAGUCUACACUCGGCAGCAGGAUGAGAGCUGUCGCCAACUCACCCAAGGAAAGCUGCACGUUUGGCGGAAACCCAAGGUCACGUUGCCGCGAGCCGGCUGUCUUGCACAAGCUGCAAUAAGUUCGUCGUCGGCAAGUGCUUCGAUUGCCGACUGGCAUUAUUGGAUGCAUGGCAGGCUCACUGGUAAAUCCUUUAACCAGCUCAAGUGUGAUGCGGCAACUUGCGCAUUCUUGAAACUUCUGAAGACUUUCGGGAUUAUGUUGCCUUGAAAGUUCUCGAGUAAGUUUUGGGCAUUCUCGCAGCCACUAUUGUGGCAACAAAAUUUUUUUUUGAAUAGCCGUACCACAACAUAUAUUCUGUUCGUUUUUUUUUUUUCUUUCCACAAAUGUACUAAUAAUGUAACGCUUUCUUUUAUGCCAAAUGUCACGUAUACAUUGAAAGUUUUAAUCUGGCUCGUUCCUACGAGCAUAUUUUUAGUGUUGUGCGCAUGUUUUUGCAUUUAAUAUUUUCCGUAUGUCUCGAGUCCCGUGCGCUGCGUCAUCUCUUGCUACCACAGUGGGCAGUCAGUAGCUUGCACUGCCAAGUCCUUCGGUGCAUUCAUAAGGCCUGGGUAAAUGCACUGUAUAGCUUGGUGGUCACUACAAGUCACGACUGUGGUCUUGCGUUACGCAGAGCGCGAGCUGUGGAUUGUUUGCGGCGAUUACGUCAUUUAUACGAGACCAAAGUAUCGCGCGGAGGACAACAGGUAUAUUUUGUUUCUUUAUACACUAUGUAACACCCUUUUUGUGGACAUUUACGUGUGAGCCGUGUCAACCGAUCCUCUAUACCUUGCCGGUCUUAUGUAAACAAACAAGACUGGUCUGUUGAAUGUUGUUAGUGUUGUACAUUGCACGGUAUGUAUUUUUGUAGCACAUUUUUUAUAAAUUGUCUCGCAGUUUCUAAACGCUUCACGAUUUCUUCUGUUGUGCUCGUUGGAUACUUCGUUUCAUUCAGUCGCUUUUAGCAUCGAUUAGUGCCUUGGUGAAGACAAAUUUUAACUUAAUUACUCUGAACUAUGCUCUUUGGCUCGCAUCUAUUCAGCAGUGUCGGGGUCAUAGCCAGCAAGUAUUUCAAGACUGCGUGACGAAUGCAAGAAAGUCUAGCUACAGCGAUAGACUACAAUCCCAAAAUUUUGCUCUUCAGUUACUACGGGCCACAAGGUCACACGUCACUUCAAAUUGCAAUUAGAGAUGGUACAUUCUACAAAAGCAGGGGGAUAGGCAGAGUAUGUAAUCAGCCCUUUGGGGCAGCUGAAAAAAUCCUGCUUAGUGCCAGUAAUCCCAGAGGCCAUGCUUUUCUGAAUGCAACCAAUCUGGCUACAUGAAUUGCACACAGAGUGUCUAACACUCCCUCACGUUGCAUAGAAGAGGCUGUGUAUGAGAAGGAGGAUAAGCUAGUUUUAAAUUGGAAAGUCUACUAAAAUUUGCCCAAUUCUCCGUUUCCUCUUGUUUUCAAUUGUCAGGUAAUUUAUCUUCCUAUCAGUAACAGUAGCUAAACAUUACAAGUAUAUAUUGGGUGUGAAAAUGUCAUUAAAAGUUUGUGGUGCAUGUUCAUACUGGCUGAACAGACUCAGUCAUGUUUAUGCAUUGGACAUUUUGAGGCUUUUGCACCUGUCGAAGUGGCCAGGAGUUGUGGCAUUGUGCCGAGCUUGAGGUCGAUGUUUCGAUUUCAAAGUUUAUCUGAAGUGCCCCUACCCUAACCAUCUGUUGUCGUGUUUCAUUGGGAGAUUGAACACCAUAGUUUGAUAUGGCAUUUAAAGGCACUAAUUGGCCACCUUGUCCAGACUUAGUAGUGAGUGCUGGCAUCUAGUAUAUAUCAUUUAUGAAAGGAAAUUGACUACAUUUUGCCCUUUCUUAUUGUCAUGCCUAUUUUUCCUUGUUUCUUUCCCCAUCUCCCACAACCUUGCUGAAUCUCCUCAGUAACUGAUGUCUUGUGUGCAGGUGCUACUCGUUAAAUCACUGCCAGGCACACUCCGUUUAAUGGGCUGUUCUUUUAGCAUUUCGUUGUGUUACUGUAUCAGUAGUAGCAGGAGUCAACAAGUGCGGUGAGGUAGACCUUUCUUGCAACGAAUAAACAGGCACACUGUGUUUAAAUCUAUUUUUUUAUCUUAGCUGCUUGUGUCAUGGUGUUUGAUUUGGGUCUGGCUGAAUGCCACUCAUUUGCACAAAGGCUACACUUGCAAUGAGUUUGCGCACGUGCAGUCAACGAAUGACUCGAUAAUAUACUCUGUCGAUGGUUGAAGCAAGCAUUUCAAGGAACUGCCAGUAAAGACAGUCAUCCUUUCUGUGUUGUGAGACGUCGCCAGUAAAUUGCCAAACUUGGAAUUUCUUUCACAUCCGCGAUAAAAUGCAGUUGAAAACCUGUAUGCAAAACGCUAGUACCAGGUGGAGGGCACAUAUAUCUGGUACACUUGGAUAUAAUUCAGAACGUCUUCAGCUUGUCUGAGGUUGCUGUCUAGACGUAUCUUCAAUCAACGAUGACCUGAUGCUAUGUGCAGCAGUAGGCUAGAUUUCUUUGUGAUACAGAAAGGGCUAUUACAUGAACCAAAAGCUAACCCUAUGAGCCUUCUCAGCAGUAUUAUAGAAAUGGCGCGUGAUGCUGUAAUGGUUUCUCCGUGGUGAAAAUUGGGUUAUUCGCCUCGGACUGGCAGUUAUGCAGAUAACAAGGAAGUAUUAUGCUGAAGCCAAUAGGGUGCUGAUGGAUGUUGGAUGCGUCAUGGCGUUGCCAAAAGGGUGGGGUAAAAUGCAAAGCUGCGACACUUGGUCACAGAACUCUCAAGUAUUAUGCAGCCUGUGCCGACUGAAGCUUAUAGGUUGCUGUUGGAUGUUAGGUGCAUCAUGGCAUUGCAUCCAAAUGACAAGAUAGUGUUAUGCUGAAGGCUGUAGAUUGCCGAUGGAUGUCGGAUACAUCAUGGCAUCGCCAAAAGACUGUAGAUUGCCGAUGGAUGUUGGAUGCAUCAUGGCGUCGCCAAAAGGGUGCGGUAAAAUGUAAAGCUGCGACACUUGGUCGCAGAACUCUUGAGUGUUAUGGAGCAUGUCUCUCACUCGGUAGUGUCGCUUUUGUCAUGACUGAGAAGUUUCGUUCCCAGUUGUGGUGUAUGCACAGUUAUUCUACAAUGACACGUUACCAAGCAAAAGCAAGUUAGUUCAACUUGGUCUAUGCUACGAGAAGUUUCCGUGAAAGUUGUGCACUGUUCCUUUGCAUAUUGUUGUACAGAGACCACAAGGGCCGGUGAAAUAUCUUAUUGCUACCACGACUGACUGCAUUAGCGAUUGAAGAUGUCACAGGCUGUUCGAAGUGAUGGCUUCACAGCAGAUAGCACAUUCGCAGAUCUUGUGCCAUCAAGAAAUGUUGCGCCUUUGGGUGUGUCCUUUUGCCACACACAGCACCUGUGUAUGUCAACUCGUUCUUGCUAUGUGCAACGACCUUGUUGAAAGAAAUGUGCCGUUUUGUUUUUGACAAAGUCGGCAUUGUGUUCUGUUCUUUUUUUUUUCUAAACUUGCGUGUGCGAAAUGACUACAGCAUCCCGAGUGGUAGACAUGUGGCCCACUGCUACAAUGCUUGUAGCAGUACUACUGCCCCAACAAGUAACUAUUUUCACAGACUGAUUUGAAGAUGCGUAGAAAGCUGAUAAAUAAUCGAAAAACAGUGAAACACUAAUAGACAUAAAUCUCUAGAACGCAGCUAUUAAUUUCAUUCUAUCUGACAUGUAGGUAAUAUUGAUAAGAACCUCUUUUUAAACAUACUCAUCGAUUUUUUAGUUUCUAUGCGCCCUUGUUUAUCAAAUUAACUUUGCAAGGUACUGAAGGUCACAAGACAAUGUGCACAAAUAAAGGGACACUUUAGUUGCUCACCUUCUCGUAGAUUUUGAUGUUGUGAGUAAUGUUGGAGAAUGGCAGAAAUAUAAAUAUGGCACUUGUGAAGCGUCUAUGUCUGUCUGUCAGUUAGGCAAUGCAAUACAAGGUAAGGCAAGUAGGCAAGACAAAAGCAAUGCCAGAAGUCUUUGUAAGCACGUUCAAUCCUUAUGAAAAAUCAUUACUGCAGUGAGGCAAAAGCGCACAUUAAAGGUGAAGCAUUUCUUUUGGACUUUGUCGUCAUAUCUGUGAACCUGCUGUUGAAAUGUUUUGACAAGCAUGUUUACAACUGUGUUCUCUCUGUGGGACCGUUGCUCACCAUCUACAUCCAGACUUGCCCCAUAUCUAUGCAGCACUGCACUUUCUGCAUGCAUUUCCUUUUGUAAUAUCAGUGUGGCGGUAAAUGCUUGUACUGUAUUGCUUACCUCUGCAAUUAGCUGGGGGAUGUCGCAUGAAGAAUGAUCUAUAUGCAGUCCUACUCUGAAGAUCUGAAAAUUUCCGAGUGGGUGUGGUUAACCAAGCACAGUGUCAUUUUCUGGCCGAAACAUCUCCGUGGGGGACAGCACAAAAAAUUUAAACAUAAUUUGGGAAUUGCUUCUUUGGACAAAGGAAAACAAUUUCGAUUGCCUGACAAUUACGUGUCAUUCGCACGCUUGAUAAGUGUCAGGUCAAAUGUCAGCUGAACUUUCAUUCUUGAGCCACAUGGUUAGGCUUAGCAUUAAGCCUAAUGGCUCUGUUUGGCUAAAGUUACAUCAAUUCACUGCAUGUAACAGUGCCAGUACCAUCAACAAGUCGUAUUACGUGGAGCUUUGACAUUGUACCAAAGGAGAAAAUGCACAGUUUGCUCAGAUUGCAGCAUCUAAAAUGCAAAUAUGUUCAGCUACGCUUCACCUUCUGGCACAUUCAUGUUGCUGAGCAAGAACAUAUGCAUAGAGAGAGAGCACUGGUAGAGUAGGUGUGCAAUGGCUUGUGCUGCCAUUGGAACAUUUGUCAAACUCCAUUGAUUCAUAUCUGAAGGUGGUGGCCAAAUUUGUUUCGUAGUGUGUGGCUACCUUUAUGCAUGCUUUUACAGUUCAGCUAAGUAGCAGCAGACACUGAACUUCAGCUUUAGCAACUGUCAUCAUUCAGCACGUCAAGCAGCCCUGCAAAGGGGGACUCAUUGCUGCAUUCACUUGGUGACUGCGCUUUGCUGCCACCAUUGUCGGCUGAACCACAAUGCAAAAGCAGGAUGGCUAAUCAUAUUAGUCAUGCGACUGUCUUUCUACAUCGCUUCACGCGAGUGUGGAGUGCUCUCAGGGCAGCAAUGGCUCUGCCUCCAGUUUGGCAGCUCUCCUCUUACUAUCCGCUCGCCCACCUGAAUGUACUGGUCCUCGAAGAAGCAGUUUGGGAUGCCUUUGAAUGCUCCUGUUCACCAACAAAUGCGCACUGUUAAAGUGCGGGCUUCAUCUUCAUGUUGCUGCAGCUAUUCGUGCUAAUUUGCAAAGGUCCGAAGCAAGUCCAGAGUGUGGCGGCGUUAACCCCUUUACCUCCUAAAUUAAAAAAAAAAAAUUAACAUUCCGGAAUUGAUUUUUUUUUUUCAGCGUUCUAUAAAACACAAGAAAUUUGUUCGAAACAAUAUUUCUUUAUCAGAAAACAUAAAGGAGCCCAGUAUAGGAUGAAGUUUGCUCUCCUGCAUGGUCAGCAGUUUCCCUUGUGUCAUACUUGUGAAAGUAGCAAUAGGAUAUUGUAAUGUCACAUGCGCAUGAAAAAGUAGAUGCACAUAUUCACAGAGACCGUGUUUGGCAAGUUUCUGGAGACAUUUUGCCACGGACGACCUAAGCUAGUCUGCGAUGUAGCGUGUGGGCGAAAUGUCUGAAUUUGCCAAGCCCUGCUACGGAAGGUAAAGGGUUACCUGAGGCCUUGCAUGGGGCUCUCUGUAAAUUCCAAAGCAAGUUCAUGGGAGAUGACAAGCUGCCACCACUUCUAUGCCUUCGAAAGACAGUCUCUAGUUCAAGGUGUACCGUGAGCUGGACAUGCACCUACUUGGUGGAACAGGGUUUUCUUGGAGUAUUUCCAGCACUGUGUUCAAUUCACGUCUACUGUCUGCACCCUACCAAGCCUUACGUAGUAAUGAAACUCCCCCCCCCCCCCUCCCCCAUGUGCCAUUGUUGCCAUGGGCAUUUCAAGUCUGAGGAGCUAUGGAACUCUCGUAAGUGUGUAGUUAUAGUUAAUACGUACUUCCGUGUCUGUGUAGCAACCGGAUGAACGAUAUUGCAUUACGGUACCUGAGCCCACUCGUGUGCCGAGGUCUGAGAAGGAUGUGCUGUGCAAUAGAUUGGAACCCAGUUGCCUUUGACGUUGUUUGACGUUUGAGCUGUAAUGUAGCUCGGUUACCCUGAAAUGCCAGCGCAUCGCAGCUUGCUGCAUCUCGCGAAGACGGUUACGAAAUGCGGCGCUGUAAGAAAUGUGCUGCUAUUGAUGCAAUCAAGAUGCCCAGUUCGAAUUGGCUGAAAGAAUGCCUAGUUACUGUUUCUCAUGUUUCUGUUGACUACAACUGCGAUAUAGAAGCAGUGACAUGAUCUCACAGCUUAAGCAGCAAACAAGCAGCACAAGACUCGCUAAACUUGCAGCUGGGAGUCGUGGUUCAGUCUACGUAGAAAGGAUGUAGAACCAACUGCCGGCUUGCGUUUUUUUUGUUUGCUUACCUUCUAGAAUGAAUUUCGCUUAAAUUUUGCCUAUUGUAGCUGUAUGCUCGUACGCUUCGGCUCCUUCUGAAUUUUGUGACAUAGCUGUAAGAAUUUAUUUCAUGGAUGGAAUUUUAUUUUGUGGUUAAUGGUUUGCAGAGAAACUGUACACAUAGGUUUGACGUAGAAGUGAUGUCUGGUCAAACUUUGUACGUCACCAUUUGUGAGGAUACAUUUAUAAGAUGCCACUUUGCUGAAGGUGCGUUGGGUGUGCAUGUGAAUAAGUUCCAUUGUCUGAAUUCAAGAUAACUGAAGGAGUUGGUGCUUUGGUUAGUGUAUCAAAUUAUUUUAACACUAUUUGGCAUGAGACGUGUAUGUGCACUUAAUGAUAGUCUCCACACCUCCAAUCAAAGCUCAUAUCUUUGAUGUAAACUUGCGCAAACUACACAGCUUUUGUUCAGUUGUCUUUAAUCAUUAAUACACGUGUCUUUUAAGCCCUCAUUGUGCACAUGCAUGUUCCUCAUUCUAUUGUGCUAGCACGUCUCGUUUUGCACAUGUUAAGGUGUGUGCAAUUUUUUUUAUUGCUGUUUUAGCUGCCAAGUUGUCGAAAUGCUUGCUUGUGCUUCUUCUCAAUGUGUCUGUCUUGCUCUUUUUCUUUCAAAGCACAGCAG